GCAUUUUGCGUUGGGGUCGUCGCCGUUGCUGCCUCCUUCCUCCACCAGCGAUGUUGUGCGGCGGAGUCGGCGAACCGAAGGCAGCUACAGCCGAGACGCAGCAAAUCGCGCAGAAGAUAAAGUCACAGCUGGAGGAAAAAGAAAACAGGAGCUUUGAAACCUUUGAGGCUGUUUCAUAUAGAACGCAGAUGGUUGCCGGAAGAAACAUUUUCAUCAAGGUCCACGUGGGGAAUAACGAGUACUUUCAUGUACGAGUGUAUGAAAGGCUCCCACAUGAAAACAAACCACUGGAGCUCACUGAUUACCAGAGCAAGAAAGCAAGGCAUGAUGAUUUGGCUUACUUCUAAAGAGUUAUUUAGAAGUCUUUUUCCCCCUCACAUUCCUGUGGGGUGUAUAUACCCAUUCAUGUAGCGCUUAUUUUGCAAA